ACCCAAGCGGCCGCUACAUCUAACUCGGCCGAUUGCUUCCUCAUUGACACAGCUUUAGACGGCAACUCGUUACCUAGUCACUCCUUCACCGGCUAUACUUUUAUCUCGAAAGGCUACGUCAGUGUCGGGCGAGCACUCAAAGCUGUUCCUCGAAAACCCCAGAUUUAGAGAAUGUACUCCCGGAAGAUGCAGUACCACUUCUCCCAGGCUUAUAGUUCCGCAGCGCCCUCCUCAAAGCUCUCAUCUGCUUCGAGGUCGCCAAAUGAUUCUAGGGGACCCGUGUGUUGUGUAGGACCUUCUAUUGAUCAUGAUCUAUCGACGAAAGUCAAGACUCAUCUCCAUAUCGCCGAGGAUGGUAUUUUAGCCGCAGGGUUAGAACCGUCUGGUCACCGCACGAAAUGCAAGGUACAUCUACCGGAUGACGAUGACAACCAUCCAGUUCCAUGCAAGACUUUCCAGUGUCCGCGGUGUUGCUCUAGUAACAAUUCCGUGCGCGACAGCGCACUGAACCUGAGCACUUCUUGGGAAACACAGAAGACUGAAAAUGGUCAAAUUGUGGAGUCUGCGGGAGAGGAAAAAUCUUAUUUUCACAAAAUCUGUCAUUCUCCUCGCAGCUCUACAUCCGCUCCUUCUAGCAACACAAAGACACCCUCGGUGUUGAAUGGAGAACCUAAAUAUGCAGAUGCGCGAUUGACAAAUGAUGUUGAGGAACGCACUGGUAUUCACAAGGCCUACGAGCCCAGUCAGACCGCAGUAGGCGUUAGUUCUGCUGAUGCCAAAGUAUCGCCAAGCGCAAACCCAUUUCCACACCUUGCUGUGGUCGAUUCCGCUGAGUUACCUGUUGUGCCGAUCGAGCAUCUGGGACCAUCAACAGAAAGCGUUGCAUUCAACAGCCCCUUUGCCUCAUGCCAGGUUGAUAAGGGACACGUGCCAUGUUGUCUAGUCUUAUUCCAUCGGUUCCAAUCCUACCCUCAACUGCGCUGCAUGAUUUUUACUCAGCAACAAAUGACCCCAACUUACCUGCAAACAACGGCAUCUCGUCCCUUGCAUCGAUACUGCCUGUUCUUUUUAUGAAUCGUCUCUCGUACAAGGCGGCCUUCAAUUCUCUCUUUCUGGCAUUUACCAACCUACCUGAACAAGUGCCUUUUGCCGAGCAGCCAGUCUCCACGUUUUCAGGACCCUCCCUCAGUACUGAUACGUACGGGUCUACUGCGGGGCCAUUCUGCUCUGGACCUUUCACUUCCAACUCGCUUGACAUAUCUUCUGACUACA